AUGCAUGAAGAAGAUGCAGAUAUCCUCGAUCUUGUGAUUAUGGAUCUGGAGUCUGCCUCCUCCGGUUGGAUCAGCCCCGACGGCAUGGCUACAAUCAGCCGUCUGGUUGGGCGUCCGAACGCCCUUGCCGUCUCCGUGUCGGACAUCCUGCUUCUGGAGGUGGCGUCCGAAACAGAGAAGGACCUCAUAGCAGACCCGCCGAUCCAUUACCUCAACCUGGGAGUUAAACGGCUGGCGGCAUCGACAGACGUGCACGGAUUUCUGGGGCAGAUGUUUGUCCCGGGCGCAGCCACCGCGCGCCUGGCCAUGGGCACUCUCGAGGGCCUGCUCCAUCGGGAGUACGUGGAGGGCACGGAUGACGACUACCGCACGUCAGAUUUGAGCGCAGCAGAUUGCGCCUUCAACCGGUUUGGCGAGGUAUCCAAUAGCAUGAUGAUAAUCGAGCAAACCGCUACGGCUGUUUGA